UGCCGCCUCCAUCGCAUCGCCCCCCCCCCCCCCCACUCCACCCUGCUCUGAUGGCGACUACUGAGGAUUUUCAGGAGCAUGAUUCGACCAGCGAGGGCAUGGAUGAUAGCAACCAUGAUCACCAGUUUGAGCCCAUUGUCUCUCUGCCUGAGCAGGAGAUUAAGACCCUGGAGGAAUAUGAAGAAGAGCUCUUUAAGAUGCGAGCAAAGCUGUUCCGAUUUGCAUCUGAGAAUGACCUUCCAGAGUGGAAAGAGCAAGGGACAGGUGAUGUGAAGCUACUGAAACACAAGGAGAAAGGGACAAUUCGCCUCCUCAUGAGGCGGGACAAGAUCUGUGCAAAUCACUAUAUAACCCCCCUGAUAGAGCUAAAGCCCAAUGCAGGCAGUGACAGGGCUUGGGUUUGGAACACACAUGCUGACUUUGCCGAUGAAAGUCCAAAGCCAGAGCUGCUGGCCAUCCGAUUCCUGAAUGCAGAAAAUGCCCAGAAUUUUAAGGCAAAAUUCAAAGAAUGCAAGAAGGAGUUAAAAAACCAAGAAAAUAAAGUAAAAAAUGAAGAACCAAAAAUAGUACCAAAAGAAGAAACUGUAGAAGAACUGAAAGAAGAACCAAAAGAAGAACCAAAAGAAGAGAAAGCAGGAAUAGUCAAAGAGAGAAGUUCUGACCAAAUGGCUAAGAAGUUAGAGGCACUCUCAAUGAAGGAUGGUGACCCAGAGUCUAACCAAGGGAUCCAGGUGCAGAAGAAGGCGUUUGAGACCCAGGAGGCCCAAGAGAGCCAGAGGGACCAAGAGGAAUGGAAGCCUAAGGCCCAAGAGAUCCUGGAGGCCCAAAAGCCUCAGGCCCAGGAUAAGGACACUGAGUAGCAAUAAGUCAUCUCACCAUGGGCCUCACAUUCUUUCCUAAUUUUUUCCUUUUAUUUUCUUUAUUUUUGUUCAUUUUGGGUUUUGUUUUGUUUUGUUUUAACAAGGGACUUUAUAUAAAGAACUGGAUUCCAACCUCCAGGUUGUUUUCUAAGCUUUUACCCUUUUGAAGAUGUCUUCUUCAGCAGACCCAUUCCCCAGUCCAAUGUAAUGCGCUCAUGCCAUUCUUUUCCAUAGUGGAAACACUUAUUUAUAGUACAUCCAAAAGAGUGAAUAAAACAUUUCAAAGCUGCAUCAAAAAAAAAAAGAUUUAAUUUUGUGGUUUUAAAUUCAUAUAUUAAUGUAUUCAAUACUAUUCUGUUACACUGAAUCAGUUUAAUCUACCAUGUUUUAACUACUGUUAUAUUCUGUUACCUUUCCCCUAUAACUAUACUAAACAAAUAUUAUUGAAUAAGACCCACCUCCCCCCAAAAAAACCCAGCUUUUUCUUCUAUUUUUGCUUUGAUAAUUGUCACAUAGAGGAUGGAUGGACUUCAUCAAAAUUGGCUACAAUUGUGUAACAACCUUUGGAAAUUUUGAUGAGCUAAAUAUAUCAAAUUGAUUUUAAGAGGUCUUCAGACAUGAUUUUUGGAUUUUUUUCCAACAACUCUGACUGAUCAUUUUACCUGCCUCUGAGUUAUUUUUAAUGAGGUAAAAGGUCCAUUUUAGUAGCUAAAGUGAAGUACAAUUAUAAUCCCUACCUCCCGCAUUUGUAGAAAUGUGAAUGGAUGGAACAUAAUAGUCUCAUACCAAAGGAGCUGGGAAGUUGAUCCCAGCGCAUGGUACCCCUGGAUGGCUCCCAAGAGGGAGCAUCUCUCAUUUGUAACUUUUCAGCUUACUAUACCUUUCCACCAAAAUGAUAUAGGUUCUUGUUGACAUUUUUAGACCCAAUUUCAAUAGUACAUAGGUUUGGUUUUUUCUAGAUUCCUCUGCCACAUUUUAUAAUGAUGGCAGUAAUAUAUUUUUUAAAAAUAUCUCAGUCAAGGUUGAAACAUUGCUGCACCUGAAAAACUUGUGACAAGUAUCCAUUAGUUUCUAAGGGUUUUUUAAAAUGUCAUAUAGCAGACUCAUGUAAAAUAUGAUAGUAGGUUUGUUUGCUAUUUUCACUUAAUGGGCUAUUGUAAUUUUGGGGAUUUUGAUACCUUUUGAAUGUGCAUUACCUGUUGUAUUACUAUUCUUUAUAAAAAACUGUUACUUUGUGAAAAUCAUUUGCUUGCACUCACAGUGGAUCAUGGCCAAAUUUGAAAAGGAAUGGAUCUCAUUUUGGGGUAAGAAAUGUUUGUAUUCUACCUUUCCCAAGCUGACACAGUGUGUCAAUGAUUGCAAGCUGUAUAUUUUUGAUUUUUAAAACUUUUUUAUUGUUUUUGCUUGCAUGUGUAAUAUAUUAUUUCAAUUUUAUUUUUUCUCUCCUUUUUUGUAUUUGAAGCAUAUGUCAAUAGUAUUGAGAUUUUUCUUUAACUUUUUUGAUUUUGCAAUAAUAUGUUAAAAAAAUAUAUUUGCCCUAAUGUCAAUGCAUACCCAAAAAGCUUUAGACUAUAAAAAUGAUGCCAUUGAUUGUUUAAAAAAUAAUUAUGGGACUUUGCUUAAUGAUUUUGUCUGAUUCCAGGAGAAGGGAAUACAAAGAGUCAUUGCACAAAGCCAAAGAAGCACAAAGCUAAACUGCAUAGUGCCAAUCGAGCACAAGGUCAAAGAGACUGACCAAUCCCAAUGGGAUUAAUGAAAAUUUUGAGCCAAAACAAGAGGCCUUGAACUUGUUUGGGGUUCGAGGUUGCGGCUGUUUAACAUGUGUUGAAGGCAGGUCUUCCUUGUCCCACAUUCUACCAAGUAUCUCUAAAUUUGGCUCCUACUGUGAUAAAGGAUGAAAAGGUUUGUAAUUUGCAAAACUUUUGCAAAAACUGAGAAAUGCAAACCUUAGGAAAGAUUGACAGUAGCAUGUGACCAAGGGUCACAUGGGAGCCUGAGCCUAGAGAUCUGGGAAUAUUCUAUGCUCAACAGUUUGUCUUCUCAGUGUCUGCUCUCCUUGAAUGACCUAGUCUGUUUUCCUAGAAGAUCUUGAAGAUGAGUUUGCCUGUGACCAAUGGAGGAAGGAGUUUUUCCUGGAUCUGGCUGCUGGCAGCAUCAGUCUGGAUUUACUUGAACAUCUAACAACAUAAGAUUCCUGGCUCUAUUUGAUUUGGACUCCUGGUUUGAGAUUGGGAUAUUUGGGAGGUUAGUUUCGUAACAUAGUUUACAUAGUUUAGUUAGUUAUAAUCUUUUAAAUUAAGUUUAAGAAUAAGUAAAUUCCUAAACCCUUAUUCCUUUCCUACCCUUCCCGAACAAUAAACUAGAAUUUAUUUAUAUGUUUUCCUCUUGUUUUUCCCUUACCCAAAAUCCUACCUUAACACUAACACUACCUGGACUCCUAUAAUCUAGUCCCUAUUCUGUCUUUCAUUAUGUGGCAAAACUUUCUGUAGUCCUGGCUGCUGAUUGGGAAAGUGCAUAAUUACAUAAAUCACUUUAAUUGGGCCCUGAUUCAAGGACCUGUUAUACGUUUAUUUUCUUUUACUCAGAAUUUUUUCACACCAGACUUUUAUAGUCUAUAUUUCAUCCAGAAGUUAUUUUUCUCUAUUUGAAUUUUUCUGUUUUUGAUUUCUCUUGCCAAUUGAUGCAUAUACUUCAUAACUCAGCCAUGUAUCCCUAAGUGAUCCCCGUGUUUUUCAACACCCUCUUUAGGGGGAACUGUAUAAUUAUUCUAAAAUGCAAAGUCUAAUCUUUUUUUUAGAGUAAUUUUAGUAUAAGAAACAUGCUACUUCUCUGAAUCCAGAAAGUGAACUGUUUGGAGAAGGCACCAUGAAGAUGCCUCCACAGACCAAACAUUGCACCAGAAGAUCCAGAGUGAACUUUGGGAUGUGGUGAUAUAAACUGUGUGGGAUUGAAUGCAUUUGUUUUGUAUGUAUACUCUUAUGCCAAAGGGGACUUUCCCCAACUGGCUUUUUGUCAAUGCACCUAGAAAUUUUUGGUUUUGUUCUCUAAACCCCAAAUUAUUGUAAUUUAAAGGUUGGUUAUAUUUACAAGAUCCAUUGGAGAGACCAGUCUUCCAUGGAUCUCAGGGGCGGGAUGUAUAAUUGAAAAUCUGUUACCCUAAAAAAGAAUUACAUUUUUGGGAGCCCACUGACUUCUUGUCAUUACAUACUUCCUAUAGACAGGGUAUAUUAGGUGGGUUCAUGGAGGGUCCUGCCUCUUGGGUAUGAUGACAGUGAGCAUGGUGGUGGUAAGGUGGGUUUUAAAAAUGGCUGAUCAGCCAUGGGCACAUAGUGUUUAUUUUGUAUCCCUUUUAUCCCUUUAUUUCUAAUUGAUCAUUAAUAAAUCUCCUAAAAUAUAAUAUUU